AUGGUUAUAACAGUAAACCUCAGCAUGCUCAGCGCAGGGAUGACCCUGGGCUGGUCCUCUCCGAUCCUGGUGAAGUUGGCGAAUGUCACGGAGUCAGGGUUCGACGAGCCCGUGUCGAGUAGCGAUAUGUCUUGGAUCGUGUCUACUGUGUUUUUGACGUGCACUUUCGCUGUCUUCGUAGUUCCAAUGUUACUGGAUAAUCUAGGUAGAAGGUACAGCGCAAUCCUAGCUAUGGUGCCGCUCAUCAUGGGAGGCCUGACCAUGGUCUUCGCAAGGAAAGUCUGGCUGUUGUUCCUAGCUAGAAUCUUGGUGGGAUUGUCUAUGGCUAUGAGCUUUAAUGUGGCUCCGACUUAUGCUGCUGAGAUUGCUAGCAAAGAAAUCCGGGGAUCCCUAGGAACUAUAAUACAAAUAUCCGUUUGUAUUGGUGCCACUCUAAUGUUGGCUGUGGGACCAUUUGUCUCAUAUUUGUCCCUGAAUGUAGUAUACGCCACUUUUGCUGUGCUCACAACAGUGCCAAUAUUGUUCUUGCCCGAAAGUCCUUAUUACUUGCAUUCAAAAGGCCGAAGCCACGAAGCCCUGAAAAACUUGACAUCAUUGCGAGGUUCAGAAACGCUGGCAAAGCAAGAAAUAGCAGAGUACGAUAUUACAAAAUCUGACAAAAAUGUCAAGAAGCUAAGUUUGUUGAGAGACUUUAUUUUUUUAAAAACGAUUCUCCUGGUGAUCAUAUUCAGUACUUUCGAUCAAUUAACGGGAGCGUGCACUAUAACAUUGUAUCUGCAACCAAUACUCCAGUCAACUAAGAUGAAUAUUAGUACUGAGCUAGCAUCAGCUGUGAUAGGUCUCAUUAAGUUGGUGGGUGCCUUUAUGACCGCAAGCAUCACAGAUAGGUUUGGAAGGAAACCUAUUUUGAUUUGGACGUAUUUUGGAAUGACUAUUGGAAUGGUUGGUUUUGGCGCUUACUUCUACAUCAGUAGUAAUACCAAAGACAUGUAUGCCUUUAUCAACUACAUACCCAUCAUAUGCUUGGUCUUGAUCGUUUGGUGCGACAGUGCUGGACAAGGAUCACUAUUCUACGCUGUAAUAUCUGAAUUAUUUGAGGGACCUGCGAGAGCUUUAGGGGUGUCUAUUGGGUCCUGUACUAGCUCCAUUGUAUUAUUCCUUACUUCAAAAUACUUGACUGCAGUACUGGAUGCAGUGGGACCGGCAGUGACAUAUUUGGGCUUCGGAGUCGUGUGCAUCUUUGGAGGACUGUUUAUUACGUUUUGUAUACCUGAAACUAAAGGGAAAACUUUCUCUGAAAUCCAGAAGACUUUGGGAAGAGACAUAUAUUAUUUUGAAUUAAUAAUGAAACUAUUUUGUUCGCUAUCAUCUAAAGUGCGACAAUGUAUUUAUGUUAUGGUUGCAGACCUAUGUAGCUUGGCAUCAGGGCUAUGCGUCGGUUGGUCAUCUCCAGUGCUGGUGAAGCUGCAGGACAGUAACUCCACGGUCUUGCCGGAGCUGAUAACCAAUGAUGAAGGGACUUGGCUGGUGUCGGCUCCACAACUGACUUGUAUUGUUUUUCUACUCAUAGGGUCACCAAUCGUAGACCGUGUUGGGAGAAAGUACGGUCUAUUACUGGUUUACCUUCCAAAGUUGGUUGCGUGUAUCCUCCUCAUCUUCGGGACCAGGAUAUGGACACUGAUGCUGGCCAGGUCGAUUGAGGGAGUGUCUUUAGCCUUCAGUUAUGUGAGCGCCUCUACGUAUACCGCGGAAAUUGCUGAUAAAAAUAUACGGGGCUCACUGGGAACGUUGAUCCAGAUUUUUAGAUCGCUCGGCAUCGUGGGCAUGUUUAGCUUCGGUCCCUUCCUGAACUACUUGAACUUGCAUAUUGUCUACAUCGCCAUUACUAUCGUAUCUGCUUUGACUGUUGUAGUCUUGCCUGAGAGUCCCUACUUCUUGUAUUCUAAAGGUAAAAUUGAAGAAUCAGAAGAAGUACUAAACUCCCUGAGGGAAACCAAACAAGAAGUACAGGACGAGCUCAGAAUGUUUUCAGAAGGCGAAAACAAAGAAAAGCUAGAUUUUAAACAGGUUCUAAGAAAGAGAGUUUUUUGGAAAUCCAUGGGAAUUUCUGUGUUCCUAAGUGGUGUUGGAACUUGUACUGGUUUUAGUACAAUCGUCUUCUAUCUGCAAAACCUCAUGGAGGAAGCAGGAACCAAUAAACCUGAGGUAGCAUCGGUGAUCCUAGGAGUAGUACAAAUACUGGCGUGCUUUCCACCGAUAUACGUGUCAGACAAAUGCGGAAGAAUACCGAUUUUGUCGUGUAAUAUGAUUAUUAUGACUUUUGGAAUGGUAAUGUUGGGAACAUUCUUCUGGUGCAAAGAUAACGGCUACGAGAUCAACGCAUUCCUGAGUAUUCUACCACUGCUGUCCGCUUCGAUCGUUAGCUUCGCCGGAUCUGGCUACGGAUCUAUAGUGUUCAUCCUGAUUCCAGAACUUUUUGAAGGUGCACAGAGGGCUCUAGGUGUAUCAAUAAGUUUCAUAGCUCUAUCCUUAGGAUUUUUUGCCGUUGGCAAAUUUUAUUCAAUCCUGCUAUCAUCCAUUGGUCUCUCCGGAAUAUUCUGGAUGUAUAGCAUCAUCUGCUUUAUAUUGUCUAUGUUUACAAUGACGUGUGUCCCAGAAACGAAAGGGAAGAUGUUUGACGAAAUACAAAUGGCUCUGGAAGGGAAACUUGUGAAGGUGGGCGAAGGUAGAUAACCCUUUUCUGAUUUCUUUAGAUAAAUGUAGACUAAUGGAUGAUUCAGACUGAUUUAGACGGGCUCGUCAAUAAUAGUUUUCUGACUUGGAAUAAUUGGACGAAAGCAGACUGUUUAUUUUUUUACAUUGAUUAACUUUUAAAAUACGACCUUUUUAUGUGAUGUAAGUCUAGUAAAGGUUUAUUAUUACCUACUUAUAAUAAAGGUCUAAUGUCCGUUUUCACCAUCAAUCCCUAAUUUUUAAGAGACCCAUAUGAAAACAAAAUUCCUGUUACGUGUUACCAUAAGGUUCACUUAAAAAUAAGGGAUUGAUGGUGAAAACGGGCUUAAAAGGACAGUUUUAGGUGUUAUGUGGUGCACUGUCAACUGCACAUUAAAAUAAAACUUUUUAAUAAAUCAGACUUUUAUUAUAA